AUCACCCACAUGUCUCCCUUCUUCUUCCUCCUCCUCUCGUUCGAGCUGGCCUGCAGCUACCGCCAUCCCCACGACCCCCUCACCCCUUCCGAGAUCUCCAUUGUCAGCAGCGUUAUCAAGACCUCCCAUUUUGGCUCGUCCAAAUCGCUUUCCUUCCACUAUGUCGGCCUGGACGAGCCCGACAAGCCCGACCUGCUUGAGUGGUCGUUGUGCCACCGCCGAAGCAAGGAGAAGGCACUGCCGCCACGGCGAGCGUUCGUGAUCGCCCGGUCCGAGGGGAAGACCCACGAGAUAUACGUGGACAUUGCCAGUCGCUCCGUCGUCUCCGACGAGGUCUACGAGGGAUUCGGGUACCCCAUGCUCACCUUCGAGGAGGAAGAGGCGGCCUCCGCCCUGCCCUUCAGCUACCCGCCGUUCGUGGCGUCGGUCGCGAAAAGGGGACUGGCGCUGGAGGACGUGCUGUGCACGCCCUUGUCGGUGGGGUGGUUCGGGGAAGCGGAGCAGGGGAGGCGGCGGGUGAAGAUAGCGUGCUACCUCACGGGGGACACGGUCAACUUCUACGCGCGGCCAUUGGAGGGGGUGACGGUGGUGGUGGACUUGGACGCCCUGGCGAUCGUGGAGUACGAGGACCGGGUGGUGGUGCCGGUGCCGGAGUCGGCAGGGACGGACUACCGAGCCGCAAAUCAGAGGCCGCCGUUCGGGCCGCAGACGAAGCCCGGCGCCGUCGUCCAGCCGGAAGGGAAGGGGUUCGAAGUAGAUGGCCACAUGAUCAGGUGGGCAAACUGGGAAUUCCACUUGGGCUUCGACGUCCGAGCCGGGACAGUCAUCUCCGUGGCUUCCGUGAAGGACUCCGAGGUGGGAACGCCGCGGCGAGUGCUCCACAGGGGCUUCGUGUCCGAGCUCUUCAUACCGUACAUGGAUCCGUCGGAGGAGUGGUACUACAAGACCUUCUUCGACGCCGGCGAGAACGGCUUCGGGCUCUCGGCGGUCCCUCUGGAGCCCAACGCCGACUGCCCGGCCAACGCCGCGUUCAUGGACGCCCACUUCGCCGGCCGAGACGGGGCGCCGGUCCGGAUCCCGAACGCCCUCUGCGUCUUCGAGCGCUACGCGGGCGACGCCUCGUGGCGGCACACCGAGUUCGGGUUUCCCGGCCAAGUGAUAACGGAGGUGAGGCCGGACGUGAGCUUGGUGGUGCGAAUGGUGUCCGCGGUCGGCAACUACGACUACGUGAUAGACUGGGAAUUCAAGACCAGCGGCUCCAUCAAAAUAGGGGUGUCACUGACAGGAAUCCUGGAAGUCAAAGGCACGCGCUACACCCACGCAGACCAAAUCGCCGGCGACGAGCACGGCACGCUGCUGGCUAGAAACACCAUCGGCGUCUACCACGAUCAUUUCGUCACCUUCCACCUGGACCUCGACGUCGAUGGACCCGCCAACUCCUUCGUCAGGUCCAAGCUUAAGACCGUGAGGGUGACCGAUGGCAGCUCGCGGAGGAGGAGCUACUGGACGGUGGCGAAGGAGACGGCCAAGACAGAGGCCGACGCCCGAGUGGAGCUCGGCGACGAGCCGGGCGAGCUGCUGGUGGUGAACCCGAGCAAGAGGACGAGGAUGGGGAACCUCGUCGGGUACCGGGUGAUCAGCCACGGCGCGACGGCGGCCUCUCUGCUCUCCGACGAUGACUACCCUCAGAUCCGGGCGAGCUACAGCAAGAAUCAGGUGUGGGUGACGGCUUACAACAAGUCGGAGAAGUGGGCGGCGGGGCUUUACACGGACGAGAGCAGGGGAGACGACAACUUGGCUGCAUGGAGUCGGAGGAAUGCAGGGAUCGAAGACACAGACAUCGUGCUGUGGUACACUGCGGGCUUCCAUCACGUUCCCUGUCAAGAAGACUUCCCGUUGAUGCCACUGUUGAGCGGUGGCUUCGAGCUUCGUCCAGCCAACUUCUUCGAGAGCAAUCCAUUGAUCAAGACUCGGCCUAAUGGGCCGGUGCAUCUGCCCAAUUGUUCCAGGAAUCCCUAGAAGGAUGAAGAGUGUCACGUACGAGCUGUCUCAAAAAUUAAGAUUUCAUCUGAUACAGUGAACCGAAGGCUGUAAUUGAUCCUUUUGGGUCUAAUUUUGUGCCAUGAAAGUUCUUCUUCUUCUCCGUUAAGAUGGA